AAUAAAGCCUUUCACAUCUCUGCAACAUUAAAUUUCCUUUUUCUCUGCUUAGGUAUCAUUCUACAAAUAAGUUUCUAAUCCUCCAACGAAUAAGUUUAAGAAGGAGAAAACAGGGAUUUCUAUAUGGUAUAAAAACGAUGUUUGGCUACAAGAUUUUCGUCCUCUUCAUUUUGGGGUUUCUACUUUUUGAUGAUACCAUCCUUCAUUGCAGAGCUUGGUUUCGGCACUACCGUUUCGUUGUUAGAGAAACUCCCUACACAAGACUCUGUGAAACGAAGAAGAUAUUGACAGUGAAUGGACAAUACCCUGGACCAACUAUCCAUGUGCACAAAGGAGAGACAAUUGUUGUUGAUGUCUAUAACAUGGGAAAUUACAACAUCACUCUUCACUGGCAUGGUGUGAAACAACCAAGAUUUCCAUGGUCAGAUGGCCCGGAAUACAUCACUCAAUGUCCAAUUCAACCGGGUUCUAAUUUCAGCCAAAAGGUUAUAUUUUCGACAGAGGAAGGAACUCUUUGGUGGCACGCUCAUAGCGAUUGGUCACGAGCAACCGUACACGGUGCUAUUAUUGUCUAUCCCAAGCAUGGGACUGGCUACCCUUUCCCCCUGCCUUUCGAAGAAGUGCUCAUACAAUUAGGGGAGUGGUGGAAGAAGGAUGUGAUGGAGAUUAUAACGGAGGCUCUUGCAACCGGAGGAGACCCAAAUAUAUCGGAUGCUUUUACCAUCAACGGUCAACCCGGUGACCUCUACCCAUGCUCCAAACCCGGAACAUUCAACCUAAAUGUGGUUCAGGGUGCGACCUACCUCCUGCGCAUAAUUAACGCUGCCAUGAGCGACAUCCUUUUCCUCUCUGUGGCAAACCACAGUCUCACAAUCGUAGGAACCGGCGCCAGCUACACCAAGCCAUUCACGACAAAUUACAUUACAAUCUCACCCGGCCAAACCAUCGAUGCCUUGUUACUCGCAGACCAACUGCCCGAUCGCUACUACAUUGCCGCUAGAGCUUAUGCUAGCGGUGUCAACGUCUCUUUCGAUAACACCACCACUACUGCUGUUGUUCAGUACUACGGACAAUACUACCCUCUUCAACCGCCUUCCUUACCAUAUCUCCCCAGUUACAAUGACACAUUUGCAUAUUUUAAUUUCAGUAGGAGCCUUCGAAGCUUGGCUAGCGAAAGCCACCCGAUUGAUGUUCCAUUAAACGUCACCACUCAAUUGAUUUCAACUGUUUCCGUGAAUACAAUCCCUUGCGCUGAUAAUUCAUGUGAUGGACCAAACGGGACCCGAUUAGCUGCCAGCAUGAACAACAUAAGCUUCGUGACCCCAUCAAUUGACAUACUACAAGCUUAUUAUAGUAACAUUAGCGGGGUGUUUGGAGAUCAGUUUCCGCAUGUUCCUCCAUUUAUUUUCAAUUUCACAGCCAAUUAUCAGCCGUUGAUUUUGGAGGUACCGAAUAGAGGCACGGAAGUGCUUGUACUGGAUUAUGAGUCCACGGUUGAGCUUGUUUUGCAAGGGACGAGUUUGGUUGCAAGUAUAGAGCAUCCGAUGCAUCUCCAUGGGUACAGUUUUUAUGUGGUCGGGUCGGGUUUUGGAAACUAUGACAAAGAUAAGGACCCGUUAACGUUUAACUUGGUCGACCCGCCGCUCCAGGAUACAAUUGCUGUGCCGAAGAAUGGCUGGACAACCAUUAGAUUCAGGGCAAACAAUCCAGGAGUUUGGUUUAUGCAUUGUCAUUUUGAGCGUCACGCCUCGUGGGGGAUGGAGAUGGUGUUCAUUGUGAAGAACGGCAGGGACUCCAAUACAACUUUGCUGCCACCACCGCCGGAUAUGCCACCUUGCUGAAUCUUUUGGAAAUUCCUCUAACUUCAGAAAUCAAAGUUUAUUUGCAGAAUGUUCUAUUCCAAAGAUAUUGUGUUUUUUCCAUAGCAAGUAGCAGAAAAUAUUGAUUUUCCUGCGGAUUAAACUUGGACGGGAUCUUGCUUCACGCACUCUAUACAUAACGAAUACCAUGCUCGAAAUUAGUUAU